AUGAUGUCGCCGAGGCAACUCAUGCGCAACUCGAACAUGACGCAGAAGUGGCAAAGGCGUGAGAUAUCCAAUUUCGAGUAUCUCAUGUUUCUCAACACUAUUUCAGGCCGCACGUACAAUGACCUCAACCAGUACCCGGUGUUCCCGUGGGUGCUCACCAACUACGAGAGCGAAGAGCUAGACCUCAGUCAGCCUUCUAACUACAGAGACCUUUCCAAGCCAAUCGGUGCACUGAAUCCAAGUCGGCGCGCGUACUUCGAGGAACGUUACAAUACGUGGGAGCACGAGUCCACUCCUCCCUUCCACUAUGGAACCCACUACUCCACCGGGGCGUUUGUUCUCAACUGGCUUGUCCGCAUUGAACCGAUGACAACGAUGUUCUUAGCGCUUCAUGGCGGCAAGUUCGACCAUCCCAACAGGCUGUUCUCCUCGAUCGCCUCUUCCUGGAAGAACUGCCAGAGAGACACCUCUGAUGUGAAGGAAUUGAUCCCGGAGCUUUUCUUCCUGCCGGAGAUGUUAGUGAACAGUGCUGGCUACAAGCUAGGCAUCCCGGACUCUCCAUCGGGCGACGUUUUGUUACCGCCGUGGGCUUCAUCGGCCGAGGAGUUCGUACGCAUCAACCGAAUGGCACUGGAGUCUGAAUUUGUCAGCUGUCAGCUACAUCAGUGGAUUGACUUGAUAUUUGGAUACAAACAGCGAGGUCCCGAAGCCGUGCGUGCCACGAACGUAUUCUACUACCUAACGUACGAGGGUGGAGUUCGGCUGGACCAUAUCACGGACCCGGUGAUCCGAACAGCCGUGGAGGACCAGAUACGAAGCUUUGGACAAACGCCCGCUCAGUUGUUGAGUGAGCCCCAUCCCCCAAGGGCUUCCAGCAUGCAUCUCGCUCCCCUUAUGUUUGCGGCAGCACCAGACGAUGUGUGUAUGCGGCUCAAACUACCCUCAAAUGCCGCUGUCGUCCACGUUUCAGCGAAUACCUACCCCCAAUUGGCUAUGCCGGCCGCUGUCACGGUGAGCGCGGCGCGCGCGUUCGCGGCGCACCGCUGGGCGGGCGGCUGCGCGCACGGCGGCGCGCGCGCCGACCUGGCGCCGCACGCGCCGCACGCCGCGCACUCCCCGCACUCGCCGCACUCGCCGCACGCCCCUCACGCGCCGCACCACCCGCUGCUCAUGGACCCCGUCUGGGCGAAUGGAGGUGCUGGAGCGCUAUCUCGGCGGCAGCUCGGUGACAACUUCUCGCAGCGUGUCAAAGCUAGAAGCAACUGUUUUGUGACCACAGUAGAUUCACGUUUCCUCAUUGCAGCUGGAUUCUGGGACAACAGCUUCAGAGUCUUUUCAACAGAAACUGCUAAAAUAGUUCAAAUCAUCUUCGGCCACUACGGAGUGGUGACUUGCGUGUCGCGCUCUGAAUGUAACAUCACGUCCGACUGCUACAUCGCAUCAGGCUCUGAAGACUGCACAGUUUUGCUGUGGCAUUGGUCGGCGCGGCACGGCGGCGUGGUGGGCGAGGGCGAGGCGCCGUCGCCGCGCGCCACGCUGUCGGGCCACGACGCGCCGCUCAACGCCGUGCUCGUGUCCGCCGAGCUCGGCCUCGUCGUCUCCUCCUCGCUCAACGGUCCAGUGCUAAUUCACACGACGUUCGGGGAACUGUUGCGGGCGCUCCCGAGUCGGGCGGGCGCUUCACCCCAGCAGCUCGCUUUAGCGCGGGAAGGAGUCCUGGUAGUGGGAUACGCGAAGGGACAUCUCGCAGCCUUCACACUCAACGGGCGCAGGCUCCGACACGAAACGCACAAUGACAACUUCCAGUGUCUGGUACUGUCGCGCUGCGGCGAGUACCUGGUGUGCGGCGGCGAUGCGGGCGUGGUGGAGGUGUGGCGCGCCUUCACGCUGGCGCCGCUCUACGCCUUCCCGCCCGCCGGCGCGCCCGUCACCAGCCUCGCGCUCUCGCAUGACCAGAAAUUCCUACUGGCGGGUCUUGAAAACGGGUCGCUAGUUGUAUUCCACAUUGAUUUCAAUAGAUGGCAUCACGAAUAUCAACAGCGAUACUGA